UUAGUGCCAUCACCAAUUUUCUGACAUUGUGAAAAAAUCGGCGCGCCAUUUCCUCUAUUUUUGCGUCUCCCAACAAUUUCAUGCCAAACAAACGCCUUGCAAGUGUUUAUUGUUUAUAGUUACCGCUGCCGGAGGAUCGGCUAACGAGCAACAGACAGAGCAGCACAUCGCACAAGUUGUGCAAGUGAAUAUUGUGCAGCACAUUGUGAAAUCAAGCGCGGUCGACGCUGACGACGACGAUCCAAGGAUCAACAAUCUAGUGCAGUGAAGUGCAUGUGUUUGCGCAUUGUUUGAGGAGCCAGCGGAGUGAAGAAAGAACUAUGUUUGGCGGCUCGAAACCCACGUUUGGAGCCACGCCCACUGCCACCAGCUUUGGCGGGUUUAGCAACACGGCCGCGACCACACCGUUCGGGCAGACGGCAUUUGGCAAGCCAGCGGCACCAGCGUUUGGCAACACCUCAACCUUUGCCGCCCAACCCGCCCAGCCAUCGCUCUUUGGUACCGCAGCUACACCGGCCCAGCCAGCUGGUGGCAUGUUUGGUGCCAGUACGUCCAGUGCCUUUGGCACCACCGCCGCAGCACCCACAGCAUUUGGAGCCUUCUCGCAGCCGCAACAGCCAGCGAAUAUCUUUGGAUCGACACAGGCGGCACCCAACACCUCGCUCUUUGGCCAGGCAGCAACGCCGGCAUUCGGAGCCGCCAAGCCGGCAACCCUGGGUAUGACCGCCUUUGGUCAGACGCCAGCAGCACAGCCUACAACGUCACUGUUUGGCCAGACAACGGCCGCGACGAGCGCCUCAGCAUUCGGCAGCUUUGGCCAGGCAGCGCCCACAACCACAAAUGUCUUUGGCAGUGGGACAGCAUCGGCAUUUGCCCAGCCCCAGGCAGCGGCUGUGGGUGGCGGCGUUAAUCUGGGCACGGCGCUGGCCAAGUAUCAGCCAACUAUGGGCACAGACACGCUGAUGAAGGGCGGACAGCCGAACAGUGUCAGCACCAAGCAGCACUGCAUCACGGCCAUGAAGGAGUACGAACUGAAGUCGCUGGAGGAGCUGCGCUUGGAGGAUUAUCUCAGUUCGCGCAAGGGUCCGCAGGCGGGCAGCACAGCGGGUGCCUUUGGUUUCGGUGGUCAGGCCACGGCUGCUCAGCCCCCAGCCUCAGGACUCUUCGGCAGCACCGUGCAGCCGAGUGCGGGACUCUUUGGCCAGUCGGUGGGGCAGGAGAACAAGAGUCUGUUCGGCACAUCGGCUUUCGGACAGCCUGCCACAAGCAGCGCCUUCGGGGCACCCGCCCAGCAGAACAGUUUCCUCCAGAAGCCAUUCGGCGCGACAGCCGGUACGCCCUUUGCCCAGCCCCAGGCAGCGGAUGCCUCGAAUCCUUUCGGCGCCAAGCCGGCCUUUGGCCAGGGCGCCAGCAUGUUUGGCCAGGCACCCGCCACCAGUGCAGCUCCAGCGUUUGGCCAGGCCAACACAGGAUUCGGCUCCUUUGGUACGACGGCAGGACAACAGCCGCAACAGACUUCGCUCUUUGGCAGCACCCCCGCCGCGGAUCCCAACAAGUCCGCCUUCGGCCUGGGCACAGCAGCGUCUGCGGCCAAUACUGGCUUUGGCUUCGGCACCCCGGCCACCAGCACGGCGGGCGGUGGCCUGUUUGGGGCCAAGCCGGCCACGAGCUUUGCUGCGCCCGCCUUCGGAGCCACCUCAACGGCCAACACGGGCUUCGGUAACUUUGGGAUGACCAACAGCAGCGUCGCAGCGGGCGGAGGACUCUUCAACAAUGCGGGAGGCAUGAACAAGCCAGCGACCACGGGAUUUGGCGGCUUUGGAGCCACAACCGCUGCGCCGCUCAACUUUAAUGCCGGCAACACGGGAGGAUCGCUGUUCGGGAAUGCAGCAAAGCCCGGUGGUGGCAUCUUUGGGGGCGCUUCCACGCUGGGUGGCCAGACGCAGGGUGGACCAGUGGGCGGCGGCGGUGGAGGACUCUUUGGCGGUGGCACUGGAGCCUUUGGCACUGGCGGGGGCUCACUCGGUGGCGGCGGGGCAUUCGGCAGCCUCGGGGGCAACACAUCGAUGACUGGCGGCCUGGGCAUGGGUGGCCAUCAGCAGAUGGGCGUCGGCGGUGGCAUGAUGCAGCAGAACCAACAGCCCAUCCAUCAGCAGAUCCUGGCGCGUGUGACCUCGCCCUACGGCGACACGCCCAUCUUCAAGGAUCUGCGACACGGCGACGAGGCGGACGCCACGCGGGCCACCAACCCAGCCGCACAGCAGGCGGUAAUGGACAUGAACAACAAGCAGUUCAAGAUCAACACCAACUCGAGUCCGGCGCCCGUGAAGGUGAAGGCCGCAGGGAGCGUCACACGCAAGUCCCUGUUCGAGGGUCUCGAGGAGUUCGACGGCAGCGUCGAGGGCUUCAACAUCAAGCCGAAUUCGAGGCGUUUGGUGAUCAAACCCAAGGACAAGGCUGCCGAUAUUUCAAACUCCAACUCUUCGUUGAACAGCAGCGGGCCACACAGCCUGCACGCGGCUUUGGGACGUUCCCAGCGAGAGUCGUUUAAUGGAGCAAUUCCCAAUGAACCGACACCGCCAGCAGCAGCAACGGCUGGCAGUGGCAGCGCAGUUUUCUCCCCACAACAGCAGCAGGACACAAGUCGCCGCGAGUCCUGGCUGCAUCCCAAGAACCUGGAGAUGGUGCGCCAGCGCAACCUGCAGACGGGCAUGGACCAGCAGCAGUCGCCACACAACAGCACCCUCAACGAGCUGGUGCCGCGCAAGCCACUGGAAACCUACCGCACCAGCUCCACGAUGCGACUGUCCGUCUCCACCAUACCAGAGAAUCCCUUUGAGGAUCAGUCGCAGACCAGCGCCAUUGCCAUUGCCAGGCGGGACACCUUCUCGAGCUCGGAUCAGCAGCAACAGAGCGCCAAUGAGAGCGGCCUCUCGAAUCGUUCGCACGAAGAGGAGACCACCGCAGGCAAUCGCUCCAGGCUGGCCAUUGAGGCGGCAGCUGGAGCGACUGAGGCGGCGGACUAUGAGCCGCAUCCCACGGGGAUUGUGUUGCGACGCGUUGGAUACUACACGAUACCCUCGCUGGAUGAUCUCAAGUCCUACCUGGCGGAGGAUGGCUCCUGUGUGGUGCCAAAUUUCACCAUUGGACGCGAGGGCUACGGCAAUGUGUUCUUUGGCAAGGAACUGGACGUGGCUGGACUUAAUCUGGAUGAGAUUGUUCACUUUCGUAACAAGGAGAUCAUCAUUUAUCCGGACGAUGACAACAAGCCGGCCUUCAAUCAAGGCCUCAAUCGUGAGGCACAAGUCACGCUCGAUCAGGUGUGGCCCGUGGACAAGACCCAGCAUGUGGCGGUCAAGGAUGCGCAGCGUCUCAUCGAAAUGGAUUGGGAGGGCAAGCUGCGCCGUGUCUGCGACAAGAACGAUACGCGCUUCAUCGAGUAUCGCCCAGAGACGGGCAGUUGGGUGUUUCGCGUGAAGCACUUCUCCAAGUACGGCCUGGGUGACAGCGACGAGGAGGACAGCAAUGACAAAGUGCCCACCGAUCCAAAGAAGCCCAAAAUGACGGCACUCGAGGCACAUUAUCGAGCAGCAGCAGCGGCGGCAGCGGCACAGGAUAAUGCUGGUAAAAUGACGCUCAACUCGUUGCGGCAGGCCCAGCGCAUAUCCGAGGAUGCGGCACGCUCGCUGGACCCCAAAUCUCUAGUGGCGAAUGUGGCCAGCAGCAGUUUCCGGCCCAUGGACGACUCGCCUGAAUUUAUGCUGAUGGAUAAGACACAAUUCUUUCAGGCUGGCGCUGGCAUGGACUUUUCCAUGUUUGAGGCGCCCAGACAGCAGCAGCAACAGCAACAGCAGACCAUUGUCAGCCCCACAGCCAGGCUGGCCAAGGAGAUGGCCGGCAAUGAGCCGCACAAAAUGCAGCUAAUGAAAUCCUCGUUGUUUGUCGAAGACGAUGAUGCCAGCGAAGAUGAAGUUAGAGUGACUGUAAAUAGCCGCUUUCAGCGCCAACGUAACAUGUUCCAGGCAGGGCCCAGCGGCUGGGCAGACUUGGGUGGAGCCUCUGAGUCCUCCAGUCCAUACGAUUUUGGACGCGCAUCUGCCGGCCUGCCCGUCUCCUCGUCAGCCUCUGUGGCCAGCCUGCUGCAAUCAGAUGAGACCUCUUCCAUGGCCACUGGCAGCAAUUUUGGGGACAAGCCAAAGUCAGGAGCAAUUGUUGCAGUCGCCUCCAAGGUGCGUCCGUUUAAGUUUGUGAGCAAACCGAAGGUGGCACCCGUCAAGGUGUUCGGCACCACCGUGCCACUGAACCGCUCCAUUGUGUACGAGCAGCGCCACAAAUGGGUGGCCGAUCUGGGCUUCUACAAGGGACGCGGCCUGAAGCUGAGCUUUGGUCCGCACAACACACUGAUGGUGCCCCAAACACUGAACAAUGUGCGCAACGCCAUAGAAGAUGGCAGCGUGGCACCAGCAUCGCUGGUGUUUAUGCCACGUUCGGGCAAUGAUUUCUCACCCGUUUUGUGGCAAUUUUGCAACUUUAAUAUGGUGCAUGCCCAUGGCAGUUUCCGCGAGACAAUUGUGCCCCAUUUGGAGGUGCAGCUGGGCGAGGGCAUUAGCGUGGAGAUCGAGGACAGCCAAUGCCCCUGGCUGCAUGCGGGCACGGGCACGCAGCUGAUUGCCAAACAUCUGAGAGAAUCCCUCAAGCUGCGCAACCUCGGAGCUCUGGAGGAAUACGGUGUGUCCGUGUGGUCUCUGCUGUAUGCGCUGUGGGGGCAGCACGAGGAGCUUUCGGGUGAUCCGAACGACACAAACAGCCAUCACACGGUCAUGUGUCGUCGCAAUCUGUUCUCUGACUGGCUGGAGAACACCCUCGUGGGCAGGGAUUUGCUGACCAAGAAGGUCAGCAGCCACAGCUAUCUGGACCACAUGCUGGAUCUGCUGAGCUGCCAUCGCGUGAGCGAGGCUUGCGACUUGGCCCUCAACUACGAUGAUGCCAAUUUGGCACUGAUUCUCGCUCAACUGGGAUCCGGUGCGGUCUUCCGCAUGCUCAUGGAGGAGCAACUAUUUGCCUGGCAGCAGAGUAAAUCGGAUAAAUUCAUUCACCUCAACCGCCUGAAGAUGUACAUGAUGGCGGCGGGUGUGAAUAUGAUGCAAUCCUCGCAGGGCACCAUCAAUCUGAUGGAGGACAACAGCUGGCUGACGGUGGUGGGCCUGGAGCUGUGGUACUUCAGGGCACCCACCUCUUCCAUUACGGACGCCCUAAUGGAGUACGACAAGGCCUACCAGUCCGAGGUGUGCUACGCAGAUCCGCCCAGCCCCACCUACAAGGGAGUGUCUGCCGCAGCAGAGAGGAAGAAACCUGUUUACGAUCUGCGCUACCAUCUGCUGCAGUUGUACUCCAAGCGAAUGCAUUCCCUGGAGGAGACACUGAAUCCCAUAACACACACAAGCGAUCCCAUGGACUUUCGUUUAAGUUGGCUGCUGCUGCAGACCUUGUGGGCUCUGGGCUAUCGCCACUGCUCGCCGCUGGCCGAGGCACAGCUGACGGUGGACUUUGCCAGCCAGUUGGAGAACGAGGGCCUCUGGCAGUGGGCCGUCUUUGUGCUGCUGCACAUCGAGAGCAGAGACCGGCGGGAGCGGGCCGUGCAGCAGCUGCUGCUGCGCAACGUGAGCGUCUUGGCCCAGGCGGCGCACAACGAGGAGGAGCGCUUCAUUGUGGAGCAGCUGGGUGUGCCCAAGUCGUGGGUGGACUAUGCCAAGGCUGUGCGGGCCGGCUCGCUGGGCCAGCGACACUUGCAGGCGAAGCAUCUGCUGUCGGCCAAGCACUGGGCGGAGGCGCACGAGAUCAUCUUUCAGUAUAUUGCGCCCGAUGCCAUCAUCAAUGGUAAAACGGAGUAUUUGCACCGUCUGCUCAUUCAGUUCGAGGACACCGAGGGCAGCAGCAGCAUUCGAGUGCCGAACUGGGCCAAUCAGGGUCAGAUAUUCCUGGACUUUAUCGACAUCAGUUCCAAGUUCGCGCAGAUACAGAAUGUGCAGAAUAUUGAGGAUAUCAAGGCGCGCUGGGAGAACCUGAAGCCGCAGCUGAGCGAGCUCUGUUCGCGCAUUAGCCUGCUGCCGUGUCCCACGGCCAAGCAUCGUCUGUGCCAGACGGAGAUCUCGCAGAGCCUCAACUGCCUGGUGCACGGCAUGUGCAUUGUCAGCCCCCAAAUGCAAUCCUCCGCCGUACUGAAAGUAGCACUCGAACGACUGCCGAUGCCGCAAGAGUUCCUUUCGAAAGAGUUGCGCAAUCUGCUGGACGAGCUGCUCGAAGAUCUCGAACAGAAGUCGACCUUUCGCGAGCGUGUAAGCGGCAUGGAAAUCCACUGAACCAAACGGGAAAGCAUAAAAAUACAAUAUAAGAAUGUUAAUAAGACUAGAUUAAGCCACAUCUACCUAAAAAAAAUAGAGCAGUAAGCCAGAAACUAGAUUAAGAUUUCGUCAACAGAGUUAGAGAGAAAAAGUGAGGGAGUUUACGAUCACACCACAGUUACUAUGAAUGUCUUUGUUAUUUUGUUAAUUCGAUUAUAUUUCCAAUUUCCUCUCGUGUGACUAUCUUUGUACAAGACCUUUUAGUAAACAAUAAAAUUGAUUUGAUUAUUUUUACACACUAAAA